CUGGCGCGACUUUGGCGCGUGCUUAGUAAGCUCCGCUGCCAGCUGAAACCGGCCCCUGCACCGCUAUGGCGAACUCCCUCCAUCGCCCAAACUCUCCUCGCGCAUUCGGUCACUCGCACUCGCCGGUCAUGCUGGACCCAAAUAUUGUGGACGCGGGCUGUGCACCGAGCCUGUGCAGCCGCCCUACCUCUUCUAGCCGUCCCCCUGCAUAGUCUCCUGCGGCCCCGCGGACUGUCCGCGGCCCUCUGUCUGGACACAAUAUCAGGAACAAAGCUCAACCUGGCCUUGCCUCGUCCCAUCCCCGCGGAAAACCCGUUCCCAGAAUGCCCAAGGAGUCGCAAAUGCAUACUGGCCCUCGCCAAAGGCCUGUGUCCUGCCGCUUCUGCCGGUCUCGCAAGCUACGCUGCAGCAGAGAAGCGCCAUGCUCCAACUGCGUGUCUCGCGGCAUCGAAUGCGAAUUAGAAGCCCCCAAUGGACAGUCCCCUGGAGCCCGCACUUCUUCAGAGUCAGAACUACUCGAACGGAUCCGCAGGCUCGAAGAGCGCUUGGAGCAACAGAAGUCACAACAGCAUCAGCGCGUCAGGCCAUCUCCUGACGGUUUUGAUAUCCCCACACAGCAAGCACACAGCUUAGACGUACCACCUCAGAUGGAGCAACUCGAUAGCGAUGUUGCCUUCUUGGAGAGUAUCUACAAUGGGCUAGACCGUUCUGGUACGAUGCCGUCUUAUAGGGUAGUCUUCAAAAUUUGCCCUAUUCAGCAGAUCAUGGACGCGCCACAGUACAUGAACCAAAACGGCUCGUCCUAUUCGACCCAUCCCGGCCCGUCAAGGUGUGUCUGGCUGCCACAAUACUCGGAGGCCAAGAUUCUUCUGGACAAAUUCGUUCAAGACAUCGAGCACAUUCAUCAUAUCAUUGCGCCCAAACUUCUAUCUAUUCUCGAUGAAGUGUAUUCUCGUCUGAACCAGCAAGGCCACGUUAGGUCGGGAGAGAUGAUCUUACUCCUAAGCAUAUUUGCGAGUGCUACCUAUGUCUGGAUGCAUCACGACUGCUGCGAACGCGGCUUGUUCUCUACGCCAGGGGAAGCGAAUCGACAAGCGCCAAUGUGGAUCAAGGCGACGGAAGAUGUGCUUGAUAUUGCGCAUCGCACAACUCGGGUAUCAAUAGAGGGCAUACAGGGGAUUAUUAUUGCCUCCUUCAUAUCCGGAAAUCUUGAUGGGUUUCUUCGAAGAUGCAAGUCCUUGUAUAACACGGCCCUUAUGCUGGCACGAGAGCUAAGCCUACAUUGCAUCGACCACCCAAGCAACGCGCACCUUGCGAAUUCAGCCCAGGCGGAGAUUGGACGCAGAGUGUGGUGGUAUCUCGUCGCUUCUGACUGGGCCUUAGCUGCGAGGUUUAGCGGUAUUUCUCGGGGGGUAUAUCAGUGCCAUCCGCGUCACAUGAUGACGAACAAACCCCUUAAUCUGGACGAUGAAGACCUUGUGGAUGGCAUGACUCGGAUCGGGCGACCGAUAAAUCAACCCACUGCAAUGUCCUAUUCCCUGCAGAGAAUCCGCCUUGCAGAGAUAUCCCGUAACAUUGUUGACCGCACUCCUCUCAUUAUGGCAAACACCGGCGGGCUGAGCUAUGACGCUGUUAUGGACAUCGACACUGAGCUACAACUACUCUUGAACAACCUCCCACCAUUCUUCUCCAUGUCAGUUCUGGACUUGAUUGAGACUUAUCGCGUCGAUCCUUCGCGAGCAGCAAGCAUCAUUCGCCAAGGACACAUGUUUCAUUCGCUAUUCUACGCACAGCGGUGUAAGCUACAUCUCCCGUUCGUGAGUCGUGGCUUUCUGGAUCCUGAAUAUGCUCCAUCCCGCGAGAUAUGCAUUCAAUCCGCCUGCCUCAUAAUCCAAACGGAAUCGAAACUGGAAAGCUCUGGGCUAUUUGUAGCGGGCCGUUACAAGUACCUAGGCCUCCUAGUCUCGGUUACCAUGGCCAGUAUAGUACUUCUCAUAGACCUUUGCCAUAAUAAAUCGUCCCCUCAUCAUGAGAGCCAUCGAGGGGAGCUUGCGCAGGCGUUUAGAAUGCUCGAAGAUGCCAAGAACGAGUCGCCGACUGCUGCCAGAUUUCUCGACUCGCUAGUGCACGUUUUCCGCAAGCAUAAAAUAUCGCCGCCAAAACCCGCUGCUCAACCACACUUGGUGCCACAUAUUCCGACUGCGUCGCCUCUAUCAGCGCCUCAUGACUCAGGCUCCCACCUAUACAGCGUUUCUACCUCAGCACCUAUCCCCACAGUGCUAUCGGAUAUGCUCGCAGGCAAUAGGGGCAGUACCACUGGUAAAACCAAUGAGGGAGUUUCAAAUGAAGAGGAUUGGUCUUACAUGAACGAUUUUGUACAGGGCAUUGAGCAGGGCACUCUCGACAACUUCGACUGGGACAGUGUCUUUCUAGGGCUCAACACCUCGUUCAUGUGAGGAGAAUAGAACCAGGCUCUAGAAAUUCGGGGCGCUUUGCAGUCAUCCAAUCUGAAGUGGCAUCCUUGCUAGUUGAGCAAUCCAUAGGGCCCUCAAUCUUCCAAAAGAAGGCUAUCUCGAUUCUCUAUUUCGUGAUCCGGGCGUCCUUCGCAAGUAAUCUAUCCGUACGCUGCGUAGACGAAUCAGCGGCUUCACACUUCCAAAGUUGGUCGGCAGCCACCUGGGGGGCUCUCAGCGCUAUACCGCUUUCAGAUGGCGGCCAAUCACAAGACACCAGGCCGGACAUACCUAGGU